AUGAAAUGCGUGCCAAAUAAGGAUGAUGAACAAGAGAAAGCUGAAUUUAUCUGUGUAAUCAAUUCAUACGACAUCAGCUGGGAAGCAUUUUUAUCUUAUUUUGAUAAUUCAACGACAGGAUUUUAUACGACAACGAGCAUGUCCUUAAAUGAACGUGCAGAACAAAUAUUAAACACAACGGUUUGCAAACGGUACAUGAUGUAUGACAAACGGCAAAUAUUACGGGCAUCUAAUGUUCAUAAUGUAGUUGAAGAUGAUGAGGAGCCUGGUCCAAACAACACAGAAAAAAAUCCAUUGCAGUUGUGUGAGAAACACUUGGAGCUGCCGGAUGACGCUGUUGAAAAUGGAAUUUUAUUUGAACGUUGUGAAGAUACCAUCGGUGAUGAGUGUAACAAUAAAAGAAAUGAAUUGAAUGAUCAUGCUGAACGUGGCACAUCGUAUGGUACGUUAGUAUCCUUUUAUAACUGUGGCAUUGUGAUAGGAUACGAUGAAUCAGUUCGGUCAGAAAGUCCACGCCGGCUACUUCGCCAUCUUAUUCGUUUGGCGAAGAUUAUUGAACUAUCCAAGGGUAUUAUGUAUGAUAACGCGUGCAGUAUUCAGUUGUACAUGCAAAGUCGUUACGAUUCGGAUUAUUUCAAACGGUCUCCAAUUGCAGAUUAUUUAUUUAAGACCGUUCGUUUUGUACUUGACAAUUUUCAUCAACGAACACAAACGACAUAUGUGUCAAGGAAGAAUGAGAUCAAUGUUGAGAUGUCGAUUACCAUGAAACACAGCGAUGUUACCGUCUCAAAUUCGAAUCUUAAUGUUGCAACGGGUGAUAUUCAUCUUGAUUUGUCAGUUGUUAAGGAUGAAAUCGAUUAUUGCGAAGAUAUACCCAUGUUGGAUAUAUCAUGCAACAAAAACCAUAUUAAACACCAUUCAAAUUCGUUAAACACGUCGUUGUCCGAUGAUGAACAACUACUACAAAGUGUGUUGAAAUUUGAGAUGGAACAUGGUUUGUCUGAAUCAAUUUCGAUAUUCGUGGAAUGUACGGACGAUGAACUUCUUACCUGUGCUGCUCUUAUUGAGAAGUUUGAGAACGCCAAGGUAUCGGUCGAUGAAAUGCAACAGGCUACGGUGCACUCGGGGGCAGGUGAUGCUCAUUAA